CAUCAUGGAUACGAAAUUUGGAGAAUCAUCAGUUUCUUUUAUGAUGGUUUGACCUCCAAUAUGAGACAAUUUGUGGAAAUGAUGUGUAAUGGUGAAUUUAUGAAUAAGGAACCAGAGGAAGCCUGGGACUAUUUUGAUCUGUUGGCAGAAAAUGCACAGGCCUGGGAUACAACAGAUAAGAACGAGAAACCUCAAAAAUCGACUAAUACUAAAGGAGGAAUGUAUCAUGUUAAAGAAGAAAAUGAUGUAAAUUUAAAGAUUGCUAAUCUAACUAGGAAGGUUGAAGCCAUUGAAUUAAGCAGAGCCAAUACAGGAAAGACACCUACUAUAGAUGAAAGUAUUUGUGAAAUCUGUGAGAGUAAUGCACACUUAACCAAGGAUUGUCCUACAAUCCCCGCCUUCCAAGAAGUGUUGCAUGAUCAAGCGAAUUUCACAAAUGCUUAUAAGAGACCAUUUCCUGAAACAUAUAAUCCUAGUUGGCGAAACCAUCCUAAUUUUAGUUGGAGACAUGGACCCACUGCCAAUGAAUCUCAAGGGAAUUCCAUACCCUAUGUGCCACCCCAUAAGAGAUCUCUUGAGGAUACUUUGCAGGCAUUCAUGCAAGGGCAGACCCAGAUAAAUCAGAAUACCAUGCAGUCACUUCAAGAACUUAAAAAUUCUGUAGGUAGAAUUGAGGCUCAACUCAAUGUUAGGGAAAAAGGGACAUUUCCAGCCCAACCUCAAUCUAACCCAAAGGGUCAACAUGAGGUCCAUGAAGCAAGUUCAUCCCAACCUAAAAUUGAACAAGUUAAGUCUGUUACAACCCUUCGGAGUGGAAAAAUAAUUAACAAAGAAAUUCCAACAAAAGAUGACAAACCUAAAAAAUCUAUUGAAAAGAAUGAUGAAGAUGAUAAUGAACAAAAUGAUCCAAUACUGCAUCACAAGAUAGUUGCUCCAUUUCCUCAGCGCUUGCUUGCAGCUAAAAAGGGAAUACCUGAUCAAGAAAUUCUAGAAAUCUUUAAACAAGUAAAGAUUAACAUUCCUCUAUUAGAUGCCAUUAAGCAGAUCCCAUCUUAUGCCAAAUUUUUAAAAGAUCUGUGUACUAUAAAGCGAAAACUUUGCGUACAAAAGAAAGCUUUUCUAACUGAACAGGUGAGUGCUAUUCUCAAACACAACACCCCACCUAAAUAUAAAGAUCCUGGUUGUCCUACCAUAUCUUGCAUCAUAGGAAACUUCAGGAUACAACGAGCCCUUCUGGAUUUAGGUGCUAGUGUUAACUUACUGCCCUAUUCAGUUUAUGAACAGUUAGGACUUGGUGAAUUAAAACCCACCAAGGUUACUCUCCAACUUGCCGAUCGAUCUAUAAAGAUACCAAGAGGAAUAGUCGAGGAUGUACUUGUCCAAGUUGAUAAAUUUUAUUUUCCAGUCGACUUCAUAGUAUUAGAUACCCAGCCUGUCAUGAAUUGUACCACUCCAAUACCUGUCAUUCUAGGCCGCCCAUUUCUAGCUACUUCCAAUGCUUUAAUCAACUGUCGAAAUGGAAUAAUGAAAAUGUCAUUCGGGAAUAUGACUAUAGAUUUUAAUAUAUUUAACAUUUGUAAACAACCCGAUAAUGAUAAUGAAAAUGAUGAAAUUCAUGGAGUUAAUCUGAUCGACUCCAUUGUAGAAGAUGUUCUUGUCCCAUCGCUUUCUUCUGAUCCUUUAGAAACAUGCCUAACUCAUUUCGGAAAUACAGAUAUCAACCAAAAUUUUAGAGAAAUCAGUGCUAUAUUAGAUUCAGCUCCUUUGUUGGAUACAGAUAGGUGGAAAUCUCGUUUUGAAGAAUUGCCCACACGCAACAAUAGUCCUCUACCAUCUAGUGUUCAAGCACCUAAACUUGAGCUAAAGCCUUUGCCAUCUGAGCUCAAGUACGCAUACCUUGGUCAAGAAGAGACCUUUCCUGUGAUCAUAUCAUCCCAACUCGAACAAAAUCAGGAAUUAAAAUUAUUAGAAAUUCUCAAAGAGCAUAAGGGAGCAUUAGGGUGGACAAUUGCUGAUAUCAAGGGAAUUAGUCCCUCAAUUUGCACUCAUAGAAUCCACUUAGAGGCUGAUGCCAAACCUUCUCGUCAACCUCAACGUCGAUUAAACCCAAACAUGAAGGAUGUGGUUAGAGCAGAAGUUCUGAAACUUCUGGAUGCGGGUAUGAUCUACCCAAUUUCAGAUAGUAAAUGGGUAAGUCCAACCCAAGUGGUCCCGAAAAAAUCUGGUGUUACUGUAGUCAAAAAUGCCAACAAUGAAUUAGUUCCAACUAGGGUCCCCACUAGAAUUGAAGUAGACAAGGCUAAAAUUGAUUUAAUUGCUAACUUACCCAACCCAAAAACUAUCAAAGAUAUACGCUCAUUUUUGGGUCAUGCAGGAUUUUAUAGGAGAUUCAUUAAAGAUUUUAGCUCAAUAUCUAAACCCUUAUGUAAUCUCCUUCAGAAGGAAACCCAAUUUGUGUGGUCUGAAGAAUGUCAAAAAGCUUUUGAUAAACUUAAAAGCUUGCUGACCUCUGCUCCCAUCAUGCAACCACCUGACUGGUCACUUCCUUUUGAAAUUAUGUGUGAUGCUAGUGAAUAUGCAGUUGGGGUAGUUCUAGGGCAAAGAAAAGAAAGAAAGCCUUAUGUUAUUUACUAUGCAAGUAAGACUUUAAAUAGUGCACAAAUGAAUUACACCACUACGGAAAAAGAACUACUCACCGUAGUAUUUGCACUAGAAAAAUUUAGGUCUUACUUGAUUGGAUCCAAAAUCAUUAUCUACACUGACCAUGCUGCCCUUAAGUACCUUCUUUCAAAAAAGGAUGCUAAGGCGCGUUUGCUUAGGUGGAUCCUUCUGCUCCAAGAAUUUUUUCUAGAAAUAAGAGAUAAAAAGAGGGUAGAGAAUGUAGUAGCUGAUCACUUGUCUCGUCUCACUUUUCCAGAUUCCUUAGACAAUUCACCCAUAAAAGACACUUUUCCUGAUGAGCAACUGUUUGAGAUCACAUCUUCACCCUGGUUUGCAGACAUUGCAAAUUUUCUAGUCACAGGUGAACUACCAAGUCAUUGGAAUAAACAAGACAAAAGAAAAUUUUUGACUGAAAUAAAAAAUUUUUUCUGGGAUGAUCCUUAUCUUUUCAAAUACUGCCCAGAUCAAAUUAUUAGGAGAUGUGUACCUAAUGACGAAUUUAUUAGUGUCAUUUCCUUUUGUCAUUCUGAAGCUUGCGGUGGUCAUUUCUCUGCUAAGAAAACGGCUGCAAAAAUUUUACAGUGCGGUUUCUAUUGGCCCACCUUGUUUAAAGAUUCCCAUAACUUUUGCAAAGCUUGCGAGCGUUGUCAAAAGUUAGGUGGGAUAACUCGUAGGAAUAUGAUGCCUCUCAACCCAAUUUUAAUUAUCGAAAUAUUUGAUUGUUGGGGAAUAGAUUUUAUGGGCCCAUUUCCUCCUUCAUUCGGAAAUUUGUACAUUUUAGUAGCUGUAGAUUAUGUCUCCAAAUGGAUUGAGGCAAUUCCUUGCAAACAUAAUGACCACAAAACUGUUCUAAAAUUUUUAAAGGAAAACAUUCUUUCUAGAUUUGGAACGCCUCGAGCCAUCAUCAGUGAUGGGGGUUCACACUUCUGUAAUAAGCCCUUUGAGGCUUUAAUGCGAAAAUAUGGGAUCACCCAUAAAAUCGCCACCCCUUAUCAUCCACAAACAAGUGGACAAGUUGAAGUAUCAAAUCGAUCAAUUAAGAAUAUUCUGGAAAAAACGGUUAACCCAAAUCGCAAAGACUGGUCCUUGCGUUUAACUGAUGCACUUUGGGCUUAUCAUACUGCUUUUAAAACUCCGAUUGGUAUGUCUUCGUACCGUCUUAUUUUUGGUAAACCGUGUCACUUGCCUGUGGAAUUGGAGCAUAGAGCCUACUGGGCUAUUAAGAGAUUUAAUUUUGAUAUGGAUAAGGCUAGUUCACUACGCAAACUUCAACUUAAUGAACUAGAGGAAAUCAGGAAUGAAGCAUAUGAGAAUGUUCGAAUUUAUAAGAACAAAAUGAAAGUCUUUCAUGAUAGAAAUAUUAUGAGAAAAAUAUUUGAGCCUUCCCAGAAAGUUCUAUUGUAUAAUUCAAGACUUCAUUUAUUUCCAGAAAAAUUGAGAUCUAGAUGGACCGGCCCAUUUAUAGUUAAAACUGUUUAUCCGUAUGGAACCGUUGAAAUAGAGAAUCCAAACACCGGUAAUAUUUUUAAAGUAAAUGGCCAACGGUAA